ACAGACCUGAGCGGGACGACCAACUUCUUGGUGUUGGCACUACUGGUGACAGACCUGAGCGGGACGACCAACUUCUUGGUGUUGGCACUACUGGUGCUGACGUCCAACGAGACAUAUUUCACCCGACAGAUAGUUGUCACCGCUUUAACCACGAUAUGGUCGCUACGGUUGGGCACAUUCCUCACGAUCCGAGUGCUGAUCCGUCACUCGGAUAACCGGUUCGAUAGAAUCCGCGACAAAUUCUGGCCAUUCCUCUACUUUUGGUGCUUUCAAAUGGUUUGGGUGUUCGCCGUCUCACUGCCCGUCACUCUGACCAACGCCUCGGUGGCCGACUGUCCACUAAACUCACUCGACUUAAUCGGUUGGACGCUAUGGGCGGUUGGGUUCGCCAUCGAGACGGUGGCCGAUCACCAGAAGUUUGCCCAUAAUAUGCUACCAGUGGACAGUCGGCCGCCGUUUUUGGCCACCGGCUUGUGGUCUGUGUCCAGACAUCCCAACUAUUUUGGCGAAAUUAUUUUGUGGACCGGAAUAUUCAUCACUUCAUGCAAUGUUUACUCAAUAGCGGCCAAUGAUAUGGCUUUCGGGUAUUAUUUGUCGGCCGUAUCGCCGGUCCUGACGUUUCUAUUGCUGUCGUUUGUGUCGGGCAUACCGUUGGCCGAGAAAAAGUCGGACAAACGGUGCGCUAAACUCACCAAAUAUAAGGACUAUAAGCGCACGACGAGUCCUCUCAUACCAUUUCCGCCCAAUUUGUACAAACAUUUGCCUAAUUUUGUUAAAGUGUUGCUAUUUUUGGAUUUU